AUGGAUGUCAAGAAGGAAAAUCAAGAGAAACCUCCUCACUCAGGUACUUCUUCUGUACAAAAUGAUGAUUUCCACUGGGAAAAUUACUUGAAAGAGACUGGAUCUUUGAGUGCCCCUUCGGAGUGUUUCAGACAGUCCAAGGUUCCACCAGCUAAUGACUUCAAAGUUGGUAUGAAAUUGGAAGCCCAUGACCCUCGCAAUAUGACUUCAAUAUGUAUAGCCACGGUCGUUGGAAUUACUGGUGCCAGACUACGUUUAAGACUGGACGGUAGUGACAACAGAAAUGAUUUUUGGAGACUUGUCGAUUCUCCAGACAUACAGCCUAUUGGGACAUGUGAAAAGGAAGGGGACUUACUUCAGCCUCCACUGGGGUAUCAGAUGAAUGCGUCGUCUUGGCCAAUGUUCCUCUUACGAACACUGAAUGGAUCUGAAAUGGCACCUGCAACAAUCUUUAAGAAGGAACCACCAAAGCCACCUCUAAAUAAUUUUAAAGUGGGAAUGAAACUUGAAGCUAUAGACAAAAAGAACCCUUAUCUGAUCUGCCCUGCAACUAUUGGAGAUGUUAGAGGAGAUGAAGUUUAUAUCACAUUUGAUGGCUGGAGUGGAGCUUUUGAUUAUUGGUGCAAGUACGAUUGUCGAGAUAUUUUCCCAGUUGGGUGGUGUCGCCUGACAGGAGAUGUAUUACAACCACCAGGAACUCAUGUGCCCGUUACAAAGAAUAUAGCAAAAACACAGUCUUCUCUUUCCAAAGCAACCCAGCAUUCAAUGCAGUCUCCACAGAAAACUGCUGUAAUACUACCAACACAGCAGAUCAGGAAAUCAGGUCGCAUUAAACCACCUGGGCAGACUUCAGUCCCUAAGAAGGGAAGUGCUGUUAAAAAUCUCACACCAAGGAAAAAAGGCCCAAAAAAGGAAAAAUAUUUUCCUGUUUUGUGUUCUACGUCUUCGGCUUCUAUUAAAUCCCUGGCCAGAGACCGUCGUGUUUCAUAUGAUAAAGAUGCCACUCCUGGUACAUCUAAAAUAGUGAUGUCAACAGUCUGUGUCUAUGUAAACAAACAUGGAAACUCUGGUCCUCUUUUGGAUCAGAAGAAAAUCCAGCAGCUGCCUGACCACUUUGGCCCGGGCCCCGUGAAUGUGGUGCUCCGGCGGACCGUGCAGGCUUGUGUCGAUUGUGCCAUUGAAAGUAAGACUGUUUUUGGAUUUCUUAAGCCAGAUCAUCGUGGAGGAGAAGUGAUAACUGCUUCCUUUGAUGGGGAAACCCACUCUGUCCAGCUCCCUCCAGUGAAUAGUGCAUCAUUUGCUCUUCGCUUUCUUGAGACUUUAUGCCACAGCUUACAGUGUGAUAACCUUUUGAGUAGCCAGCCUUUUAGCUCUUACAGAGGUAAUACUUGUAGUCCUGCAGAGCAUGAUAAAAAAUCAGUUAAAGAAGAUGUAACACAAAAAAGCCCCAAACGGCCUUCUCAGGAACCUCCACCUUAUGUUGUUCCUGUGUCACCUAAACUCCCCAAAACAAAGGUGUAUGCUUCUAAAGAAGAACAACUGUCUUGUGAGGGAAGUGGCAUGCCUAAAGAGGAAAAGCUUUCUGAAGAUUCCAAAAACUCACCACCAAAUCCAGCAAAUGCUUUAAGCCCUACCAGCAGAAAUCCUGUAAGCACUCAUGCUGCAGUCUCCAGGAGUUUUUCUCCGAGCAUGCCAAGCACCUCAAGUUCAGCACUAGUGGGGACCAAAUCUACCAAGAGCAGUCACCAUGAAGUUAAAUUCCAAAUGCAGAAGAAAAGUGAAGCUCCAAGUUAUAUAGCUGUACCUGACCCCAGUGUCCUGAAACAAGGCUUCUCUAAGGACCCUUCAACCUGGUCUGUGGAUGAAGUGAUACAGUUUAUGAAACAUAAAGAUCCUCACAUAUCAGGCCCCCUCGCCGACCUCUUCAGGCAACAUGAAAUUGAUGGGAAGGCUCUGCUACUACUCAAAAGUGAUGUGAUGAUGAAGUACAUGGGGCUGAAGCUGGGGCCGGCAUUAAAGUUAUGUUACUACAUUGAAAAACUUAAAGAAGGAAAAUACAAUUGA